GGUUGUAGCAGUACCUCACCUCAGUUUUUAUCCACACUGCGCACUGGAUUGUUGCCCUGGAUUAAUGAUAAUUAUUUCAUUUUUCUUUUCUUGAGAGGGCAUUGGCGGAGAGUAUGUUUUGAUGCAGGAUGCUGUGGUCCUCUUGGGUCUGGCAAUAAGAGCACUAUACAUACAGGCAGCUGGAGUCAAAGGAAACCAGACACAGAGAAGUCCUGUAGGAGUGCAUGAUUAAGAAGCCAGGAAAAAACCUUGAUGGUCACUCCCUCCUCUGCCAGGAAGCACUUCAAUCGGGGCAGAGAUGGUUUUGCGAAUUGGAUUUAGGAUUUCUCAGAUCCUGAUCAUACUCGCACUCACACUUUCUGGAGAAAGAGCGGAUGCACAGAGAGCAGGCUGUAAAAAUGUCCAUUAUGACCUGGUGUUCAUUUUGGACACCUCGUCCAGCGUGGGUAAGGAUAACUUUGAGAAGAUCAGACAGUGGGUAGCCAACCUGGUGGAGUCCUUCGACAUUGGGCCCGAAAAGACGCGCGUGGCCGUGGUCCGCUACAGCGACAGGCCCACCAUCGAGUUCAACCUCGGGAGGCACAGGACACUGGAGGACGUCAAGAGGGCGGCCAGGAACAUCCGCUACCUGGGCGGCAACACCAUGACCGGCGACGCCAUCAGCUACACCACCAGAAACAUCUACACCGAGCUGGCCGGGGCCCGACCGAAGGCCCGAGGCAUCCAAAGGGUGGCCAUCUUGCUGACGGACGGCAGGAGCCAGGAUUUUGUCCUGGAGCCGUCCAGGGAGGCCCACCGGGCCGGGAUUAGAAUGUUCGCUGUGGGCAUCGGGGAGGCGCUCAAGGUGGAGCUGGAGGAGAUCGCCGCCGAGCCCAAGAACGCCCACGUCUUCCACGUGUCGGACUUCAACGCCAUCGACAAGAUACGGGGGAAGCUGAGGAGGAGGCUUUGUGAGAAUGUGCUCUGUCCAAACAUGAAGGUGCAGCCUGAUCGAUUUAAGCCCGACAGCACAAGCUCAGGUCUGGAAGAAGUCCCAGGAUUUGACCUCAUGGAGUUCUUUAACGUGAGAGACAUUUUGGGGACAAAGUUCGAAGAAGGCCAAAGCUCGUUUGUGCGACUUGGAACAAUGCCAAUUGUCCAGCAGACUGAAGAUGUUUUCCCUCAAGGUCUACCGGAUGAAUAUGCCUUUGUGACCACUUUCAAGUUCAGGAAGACCUCCAGACGGGAAGACUGGUACCUCUGGCAAAUAUUUGACAAAUAUGGUAUACCACAGGUGUCUAUCCGCCUGGAUGGGGAGAAUAAGGCUGUGGAAUACAAUGCGGUCGGUCUGACCAAGGAUGCUGUGAGAGCCGUCUUCAAAAACCCCGAGGUGGACAACCUGUUCGAUCGCAACUGGCACAAGAUCGCCCUCAGCGUGCAGGCCAAAUCAGUGGCCCUCUACCUGGACUGCAAGCACAUACAGACGCUGCCCAUCGAUGACAGGGAGGACAUCGACAUCCAAGGAAAGACCGUCAUCGGCAAGAGGUUAUACGACAGCGUGCCGAUUGAUUUUGACCUCCAGAGGAUGGUGAUCUACUGUGACUCGAAGCACGCCGAGCUGGAGACCUGCUGCGACCUCCCUACCGGUCCUUGCCCCAAGACGGUCGUGACCGAGGCACCCCCUGUUGAGAUCCCCACUCCCACCCCCAAGAGCAAGGAGCAGCAGACUGGCCCUAAAGAUGUGAACUGCUCUUGUCCUGCAGGGGAGAAGGGAGAGGCUGGUCUGCCUGGAACUGGAGGUCCCAGGGGUGAAAAGGGGGAUUCUGGGAUACAGGGCCCAAUGGGACCUCCGGGACUCAAAGGACAGAAGGGAGAUCCUGGCAAAGCCGUGUCUAUCAAAGGUGAUAGAGGUGAAAAGGGUGCAGAGGGCUCAAAAGGUGGAUCUGGAGAUAAAGGAGGAAAGGGGGAAAAGGGAUCAUAUGGGCUUCCUGGCCUGGUUGGAAAAAAAGGAGAGAGGGGAGAAAUAGGUGAAGCAGGAAAAACAGGUGAAAGAGGAUUGGCCGGCCCCCUGGGACCAAAGGGGAUGCAAGGGGAUUCAGGACUUAAUGGGUUACCUGGUCCCAAAGGGGUGUCUGGUGAAAAAGGCUUUAAAGGAGAUAAAGGAGCAGCCGGAUUAAGGGGGGAACCUGGUCUGGAUGGAUUUCCUGGGAAGCCUGGUGUUCCGGGGAAGGACGGUAUACGAGGAGGCGUCGGGUUGCCAGGAGCUAGUGGUACCAAAGGUGUAAAGGGAGAAAUUGGUCUACCUGGACUACCUGGAGAUGUGGUGCAAAAAGAAGGCUUGAAAGGAGAGGCUGGACCCCCAGGUCCCCGUGGCCCCCCAGGGCCCAGCGGCUCCCCAGGACCAGUGGGUCCACCCGGUCCCCAAGGAAUACCCGGGGCGCCUGGUGAAUUUGGUCAGAGGGGUAAGAAAGGUGAAAAUGGACUACCCGGAGUGGAUGGGUUACCUGGACCACAAGGUCCUCCUGGACAAACUGGUCCUCCUGGAAAAACUGGCCCUCCUGGACUCCCCGGAGAAAUCGGAUUUUCAGGCAAACCUGGCGAGCAGGGAAAACCUGGUUUACCUGGUAAAGACGGGCUUGAUGGAUUCCCAGGAAAUGAUGGGGCAAAGGGGCCUCCAGGUGAACCAGGUCUAGAUGGAUUUCCUGGAAAACCCGGCCCUAAGGGCGCGGAUGGCACUGUUGGUCCCAGGGGACCUGCUGGGGAGAGGGGGGAGGCCGGACUGCCAGGACAGACGGGCGUCGCUGGGCCGAGAGGGGAGAAGGGCUCUCAGGGUGAACGAGGACGGGAAGGAUCUUUUGGGCCUAAAGGAGAUAGAGGUGACAAGGGUGACGUGGGGCCCAAGGGAUCGCCCGGACUCCCAGGAAAUGUUGCCAAUAUAAUCCCAGAGCCUGGCGAACCAGGGAAACCUGGAGAAAGAGGCGAGAAGGGAGACCAAGGGAAACCAGGAAACAUUGGUUCUAGGGGAUUGCCAGGUGAACAGGGUCACCGCGGUCCACCAGGUCCACUGGGACCGAAGGGAGACGCAGGUGUCAAAGGAGAGACUGGGCGUGCUGGAGAUCCAGGUCCGCCGGGUCAGCAAGGCCAACUGGGUCCUCGCGGGUUGCCAGGCAACGUGGGAGUCCCUGGAAAAACAGGCCCCCCCGGACCAGUGGGGCCGAGAGGAGAAAAGGGAGAAACAGGCAAAGAAGGAAGUCCUGGUCCCCCAGGAACCCGCGGAGAGACGGGCGUGGCUGGAAUCCCUGGGUUACCGGGGAAAGGGAAGGACGGACAGCCUGGACCACCUGGAUCACAAGGACUGCCAGGACCUCAGGGCCCCAAGGGUCCCCCUGGAGCCCCAGGACUGCAGGGACUUCCAGGAGGCAGGGGUCCCCCUGGAGAGGGCACCACCGGACCCCCGGGACCUCCUGGACAAAAUGGUGAACCAGGUCUCAUGGUAAGAAUGGAAAUGUUCCUCAGUUGGAAUGAAGAGCUAAUUUACUUGCUAUCCAACCAGGGUGCUAGGGGUCCACCUGGUGUAGCUGGUCCUCAGGGACCUGCUGGACACAAUGGUUUACCAGGAAGGCCAGGAGAGAAGGGGACAACCGGAGAGCCGGGGAAAGCCGCUGACAUCUCACAGUUAGAUCUGAAGAAUGUGUGCUCAGACUGUCCACCGGGCCCUCCCGGAUCCCCCGGCAUGCCAGGGGUUCAAGGGGACAAAGGGCUUCCUGGAACCGCAGGAAAGGAUGGCCAAGAUGGGUUCCAGGGACCGACAGGGCCGACAGGCCCACCCGGACCACCUGGAGCCGAAGGAGCAAAGGGAGUAAAAGGUGAUCGAGCACAUCCUGGUACGCCUGGGGAGAAAGGUGAAAAGGGACAACCAGGAGCUCCUGGAUAUCCAGGAGCUGCAGGCAUGAUGGGUCAACCGGGUACUGAUGGUCAACCAGGACCAAUGGGCCCUCCAGGACCCCCUGGGGAGAAGGGCAAGGAGGGUUUGAAAGGGAUCCAGGGACCACCAGGUUUACCCGGUUUAAUGGGAAUGGCUGGAAAGAUGGGGAAAGAUGGUCGUCCAGGAGAGCCAGGGGAACCGGGUAAACAGGGUGAAGUAGGGCCCCCAGGCAGAGAUGGACUCAGAGGACUUCCUGGUUUUAAAGGCCAUAGAGGAGAACCUGGACCACCAGGAUCUAAGGGUGAAGAAGGGAAGCCUGGCCCCCCAGGAAGAGAGGGAAAGCUAGGAAAAGAUGGUAAUCCUGGGCCCCCAGGACCAGAGGGUUUCAGGGGCCAAAGAGGAGAACCGGGCAACCCGGGUGAGCCUGGCCCAUCAGGAAAACCAGGAGCCCCUGGGAAUCCAGGCACGCAGGGGGUCAAAGGAGAGGUUGGAAGCCCUGGGUUACCAGGAUUCUCAGGUCCAAAGGGACCGUCGGGACCACCUGGUCCGAUUGGUCCAGAAGGAAAGCAAGGUACUCCUGGGAAACAAGGGGAGCGAGGUGCCAAAGGAGAAAGGGGUGAUUCAGGUAUCAAGGGAGACAAAGGGCCUACUGGGGACCCUGGACAACCAGGAACUCCUGGUGUUCCUGGUCGAAAAGGGCACACAGGCAUGAUGGGAAUGUCAGGGCCUCCCGGAGAACCAGGCCAAUCUGGGCUUCCCGGAGCACAAGGACCACCAGGCAACCCAGGCCCACGGGGAGAGUCAACAUCACUGGAACACUUGAGAAGGCUUAUUCAAGAGGAGCUAUCAAAACAGUUAGAUGUCAAAAUGGCAUACCUCAUGGCCCAGAUCCAGCCAGCCCACAUCAAAAGCACAGCAGGUCGCCCAGGACCCCCUGGCCCUGCAGGCAAAGAUGGAGGUCAGGGACGACCAGGCCCUCCUGGGGAGUCGGGUAUGCCAGGCCAGCCAGGGGGAGAUGGGAUUAGAGGGCCAAUGGGCCAGAAAGGUGAAAGAGGAUCUAAAGGCGAAAGAGGUGAAACUGGCGUGGGACAGAGAGGAGAGAUCGGUCCACCCGGUCCUGCAGGUGCCACAGGGACACCCGGUUAUGGAAAGGACGGCAUGCCCGGGACUCCGGGCGUUCAGGGAGAGCCAGGAAACCCAGGUCCCCCGGGGCCAUCGGGCCCUUCGGGACCCACAGGACAGUGUGAUCCCUCUCAGUGCGCUUACUACGCCAGCCUGGCAUCAAGGCCCGGCAACGUCAAGGGGACUUAAAGCACAAAGACCUUGGACCGUGGCUAUUUAUGAACUUGGGUUUUCAGCAAACUAUGAACUGUUCGUUUUAGAAAAAAAAACAAACAACAAAAAAAUCCCAGUAGCCUCUUUUUGGGGUUUUGCUGCCGGUCAGAAUUCAUUUGGGGUGCGGGGGAGGUGGUUAGGAAUGGGAGUUCUGAUUUUUAACUUUAUUGUCAGGAAUAAGCAAUGAGAGGCCACCAGCUUGGCUGCUCUGAACAGCAGCAGUAUUGUUCUUUAAAAAAAAAAAACAAAGCUCUUAACUGUUUUUCGAAUGAUGUCUUCUAUCCUCAGUUCUUUUGUUACCUCACUUUUCACCCAGGAAUAGAUUAGCUUUUGAUACAAAGCCAAAUGAUGGUCAAAGAAGAUCUGCAGCCAGGGGUUUUGGCCAAUAAUUAUCCAAUGAAGGAUAAUCGUAGGUGAUCACUCAUGGGUGAGAUGAGUGGCUUUGGGGAAAAUAAGAGCUUGAGACAAAUUUAAAAUACAGUUUGUGAUUUUCACUCAAGAUCUUGAAAGAUCUUCCAAUUUGUGGUAAACUAUUUACGCUGAGCAGUUUUUUUAAGCUAUGGGUAACGCAGUUAUAUAAAUUUAACAUUAUGGCCCAGGUAGAUGUAUGUAAAUUCCACACUUCCUUUUAUAAUGGCCAUCUGUGUGUUUCUUUUGCAAUAAUAAGUUUGUUUAUGCUUGCAUCUUCUGUCAAUUUGUUGCACCACAAGCAGGUUUAGUGGGAACACCAUGAGAAAUCUUACGUUGUCGUAAAAGUAGUGGAAAAUGGGGGCAGGGAUGAAGAGGGGGUGUCCGAGACGAAUCACUGAAUGCUUGCAGCUCAUCUACAUGGAGGGUAUUGGAUGAGACAUAGAAGACAUCAGCUUUUACCCCCCAUCCGAAUUCCCCCAAAAUCGUUCUAGACUUCUGAUAUACACCCAAGCUGUCUGGCUCAGUCCUGGCCUACAGCUUACCAGGGCCUCUAUUGUUUGUCCUGAUAAAACCCAUUAUAAAGUUGAGGGCAUGCUUAGGAGGAGAGGCACUAAACCUCAAAAAAGACCCUUUGAAAGCAUUAUUUCCAUCCUGGUCUGUUUUCUAUAGUUUAUUAACAUCCCCUUUGGGGACACACGAGGGAAGGUCUGGCUCAGGGCUGCUAUGAAUUGAAGACGUUGUUUUCCAAAUUGCUUGCUGCAUUACGGAAUGCACACAGCGUUCUGAUCCCCCUUAUUUGGACUGCCACCAAGGAAAUCAGUUUGAAGGAUCCGUUCUGUCCCUGUUGGACCAAUUAGAGCCUCCUCGAAAACUUGGAGGAAAUGGGUGAGUCUGCAGUAAAUGUAACUACAGCCUACGGUGGUGGUGGGGGUCAUUCAUAUUCUUUCAGGGGAAAAAUAUUAAUCAAAAAAAGAAUUUGUGUUGUAGUUUUGCUGUUAAUACCAAGGUUAGAAAUGUUUCAUAAAACCAGGAUGCUUUAUGUCUGAAUUUUAUAUUUCAGCUGGCUGGUAAAUCUCCAGUGUCAUUGGGGGCAUAAGCUCAUCUCUGGUCCUGAGCCAGGACACCACCGAGGAUCUCUCGUACACACACACACACUCCCGCUGGGCCAAAAGCCCAUUUACCAUCUGUAAUGUGGCUACUUUUGAAGGUCACCUAGAGCAGUUUUCCGUUGCGGAUUAUUACACAGAGAACCAAGGGGCAAAGGAACAGCAAGAAAAUCCUGCUGUGAUAUCACAGAGGUUUAACAGAGUUUUCUUCAGUUGUUACCAGUUGACAAUGUCUUCAACAGA